AUGGCAGCCUCUACCUCGACAUCCCACCCCGCAGCGGGUGGAUCCACUCGCAGCGGCAGCAAUGCGACCAACCAGCUGUACGCCCUCGCCUCGCGCGUACCGCUCAUCAAGUCGCCCUCGAUCUCGCUGCCCAAACCCGUCACACUUCCCGCCGAUCUGCAUCCACUCCCGCACGACAUCUCGGCGUACUUUGUGUAUCCAUUCAGCCUCGAGUCGUACGUCCUCGAUCCCAACACGCCUUCCUCCACCACCAUCGAUCAGCUGCUCGAAAAGCACGCGCAGUAUCUGAAGCACAGGGAAGAGGAGAAGCAGAAACGACAGCGAGACAUGCUCCACAGACUGGCUCCCGGUUGGCAGGGCGCAAGUGGCGUGCUGCAGCCAACCUCGACGGCUUGGAACCAAUCCAACCCAAGUCCGAAUGCAGUACAGACGCAGCAGCAGCAAGCACAGCAGCAGGAACCACAGCAGCAGGAAAGAACUCCGCUCGAUGAUCUUGCUGAUCACCUCGCACAGCUAGACGCUCUCCAUUCGCAGCCUCCCGCAACAAGCGGUCUUCCAACUCCCUAG